AUAACGCUCCUCUUGUUGAAGCAGUUAGUGACCCGUCAGACGUUUAUUUUCAUGUAAUAUUACAGUAAGGAAGAAUGACUUCGGUGUUACAGCCACAGGGAGACGCUCAAAAUGGCACAUAUAUAUUUUCUAGUCGACCUCGUGCUGUUCCUAACCGCGACAAAUACAGGGAUUCUACAUCUAUACAAGAUGAAGGACAAACGAUCUAUGGAAACAUCAUGUACGAUCGACGUGUCGUCAGGGGAAAUACCUAUGCACAGCACAUCCUUCCAACUACCUCUCAGCCCGACCCAGUUGAGCACCAGCGACAGCAGGAGGCUAGAAGAAGAGCCACAUUGAGAAAGCAUGCAAAAGACCAGCCUUACUCAAGAAGCCCAAAUUUACCUGAAGACAGAAAACACAUUGAUGUGCAGACUGAGCUAUACUUGGAAGAGCUGAGUGAUCAUAUUGAGGAGACCAGUGUGGAAUGUCAGACAGAUGCCUUCCUGGAUAAACCAGCCACUCCCGUAUUUAUUCCUGCCAAAACUGGGAAAGAUGUAGCAACACAAAUAGAAAAAGGAGAGCUGUUUGACUUUGACCUGGAGGUGAAGCCUGUGUUAGAGGUGUUGGUAGGAAAGACCAUGGAACAGGCUCUGCUGGAAGUUCUUGAAGAGGAAGAGUUAGCAGCUUUGAGGGCUCAACAGCGAGCAUUCCAGGAGUUGCGUAAUGCUGAGCUGGUGGAGGUUCAGAGACUGGAGGAGCAGGAGAGACGUUACCGUGAGGAGAAGGAUCGCAGGAUUAAGCAGCAAAGAUUAGCCCUACAGAAGGAGAAAGAGCUUGCAGAUAAAAUUGCUGCUAGAACAUUCACUCAACAAUAUCUGGCUGACCUUCUUCCCUCCGUCUAUUCCAAUCUGAGAGACCACGGAUAUUUUUACGACCCAGUGCAGAGAGAUAUAGAGACUGGAUUUCUUCCUUGGCUGAUGGGAGAAGUGGGCAAUGCUUUGGAGAAGCGACAAAUAGCACUAACAGUGCUUGAUAUGCUCAUCCAAGAUGUCACCAACCAGAGUCUGGAAGUUGUUUAAGAUCGUCAGCUCCAUAUGAUGAUGUUUAUCUUUGUCAGUGGAGUCUUUGGAUGUCUCAAUAUUUUAUUUAAAUAUAAAUGAUGUGCGUAUUCCUUCAAUUGCUUUCAACAUUUAAUGUUAUUUUACUGUUAACAAAGGGUUAAAUUACAAUUGAUUACAGUCACAAACAAUAUUGAACAAUAUUUUCAAAAAGAAGGUAGCACUGUUGCACAAACGGUAGUAAGGUUGUCUCGGCUCCAGGGCCAGGGAUUCUGGAAUGUGGUAUGUUCUUCAUUAAAACAUUUUUGUGUGUGGUGUGUGCUGUAUAUGUCCUUCCAGUAUUGCAUAAAUAUGACACUUCACCAGACUGCUAAAUAAAUUUACUCAGAAUUC